AUGAGCGAGUCGGAGAAGUUUGCCAAGACGGUGAGCACGGGCAAGACUGUGCGGAGGCUAAUCUUUGUGGUUCUCAUCGUUGUCUGUCUUGGCGUCUUUGUGGGUCCAAUUGCCCGCAUGGCAUGGGGUGCUGGCACGGGAUCGAUGGAGGAGAAGGAGGCCGUGUGGCGUGCGUAUUGGAUCAUCGCCGUCUUUGGCGGCCUCCUCCCAUUCAUCCCGUUGUUCUGGAAGGUGAAGAAGGCCAAGUCGUGGCUCUCGGCCCGUCCGCUCUUUGCCAACAUUGUGGUUAUUGGGGCUGGCCUCAUCGCUGCCACACAUGCCGGCAUGGUGGCGGCGGUACUUGAAGCUGGUGUCGGCUACGGAUGGACCAUGCACUCGGAGUCGGGCUCGCUGACCACCGCCGCAAAGGCGCUUGUGGCGUUUGAUCUGUAUCUCCUCUGGUGUAUCACCGUCCAGCAGCUCGGCGCGCUGUUUGUCGGCCUCAAGUCGCCGAUCUACUUGUGGGUCGUCUCGUAUCCGGCGACGCUUGGGUACUCGACCGCACUGUUUGGCUGCAUGCCGCUGGCGAUUGUCCACGCGGUGGCGUCGGGCCCAGAGCCCGCGGCGGUGGUCGCGGUCGCCGCCUUUGGCCUGGCAGCCUUUGGGCUGGCACAGUCACUCCUCGACUCGCCUUGGGAAGAGGUUACAGUGACUGUUGAGUCGCCUGCGGGCUUUGACGCCGACGCUGGCGGCUCGCGCGAGCCGCGCGAUGGAGUCUAUGCCGCGCGCGGGCGCCACUCGGGUAAGACCCGGCUCGGCCCGCUCGAGCUGAGCCGUGGUCGCGGGGGAGACGAGCCCGGCCGCCCACUGAGGAUUGUGCAGAUUACCGACCCACACAUUGGCCCCUUUAUCUCGAUCCGGCGGAUGAACGCAUUCUGCGAGCAGACCGUUGCACUCGAUCCCGACCUUGUGCUCAUGACCGGCGACUACUGCACGACCGAGGCGCAUCUGACUCCCGGGUGCUUGGCGGCGGCGUUUGCGCCGCUGGCUGCGCUCAAGGGCAGGGUAUAUGCCACGCUCGGCAAUCACGAUCACGAGGUGCUGCGGUUUGUCAAGGACGAGCUUGCUGCGCUCGGCGUCAUCCUCAUUGUCGACGCCGAGGCACUCGUGGAGACCCAGGCUGGGCUUGUCCAGCUCGUCGGUGUCGACUUUUUCUUCCACGACAAGCCGCGGCUGUACUCCAAGGUCAUUCGGCGAUUCCCACCGAACGCUCGCGCCGCCUACCGCAUCCUGCUCAUCCACGAUCCGGGUGCAUUUCGGUACGUGCCGGCCGACGACCACGCGUUGGUCCUCUCGGGCCACACUCACGGCGGCCAGAUCGGCCUUGUCUCGUGUGGCCUCGAAAAGUGCACCGCAGUCUCGGUCGGCUCGAUCGGCCGCAUCCCGGACCACGGCGUGUGGCAGCUUGGGACCAACAGGUUGUAUGUCAACCGCGGACAGGGAACCCGGUUCAUGGGUGGUAACUUCCUUGUCCGGUUCGGUGUGCCGGCUGAGGCCUCGGUUCUUGUGGUCACCACCGACUCGACGGGCGUCGACGCGCCCGAAGUCUCGGACUCGGUCUUUACCCGCCACGAGCGCGAAGAGGGCAUGGUUGGUCAGUGA